AUGACAUCGUUUACAGGUACACGGGAUGACAUUCAUUACACAGUUCUCAAUAAGGAUCUUGCUGAAGUUUACAUGGAAACUCAGCGUGAGCCAGAUGUAAAUACCUUUGUUAAAAAAUUGUUUCAUACUAUGAAGGAGCCUUCAUUUUUAGAUUGGAGGUUAAACGUAUCUGGCAAAGUAAAUGACGAUGCUGAACGAGCUUCCAUUAUAAGGUCUAAAUUAGAAAGUAUUCUUAGAAGUGAGCGUUUGUCGCAAUACUUGGAUGAAAACGGCAUUAGUUUGAAUUCGUAUAAUGCGUGGGUUAAGCGUAAGUACGGAAAGACUGUUAAGAAAGAUAUGAAAAUGUGCGAUUUACCAGAAUGGAUUCGUCGAUAUUCUAAGAAGAUUGAAGAUUUUGGUGAUGAUGAAAAAGAGCGUGAUGCUCUACUCGGUGAUGUUAAAAAGAUUGACGAGGAAAAGAAACCCAGGAAACCAGAAACUGAUAAUUAA